UUUGACUAUGUACUCUAUCAAGAAGCAGCACUUUGUAAGCAAGUUUGACAUUUGCAUAAGUUGUGCCAAGAAAUGUGUUGUGUAGUAAACUAGAAUUUUUACAGCAUUUCUUGUAAAAAAUAUUUAUUUAUUAUAGUAUAUAAAGUGGCAAUAUGUCCGUGCUCAACAAUGAUCAUUUACCGGCACAACAAGCUGACCAAACAGCCGCAACAGAAAAUGAUUUUUACGGUAAAGCACAAAAAUAUUGGUCCGAAGUUCCUGCUACAGUAAACGGCAUGCUUGGUGGUUUAGGAUACCUCAAUAGAAUCGAUAUCCAAGGUUCAAGUAGUUUUUUAAGAGAUUUAAAAGACUUGGGUAAAAAUAACGCACUCGAUUGUGGAGCGGGUAUUGGGCGUAUAACAAAAAAUUUAUUAAUGCCGCGUUUUAACACAACCGACAUUGUUGAGCAGGAUGCCAGUUUUACGGGAAAAGCCCGCGAAUAUUGUAUCGAAGGCAAUGAACAUAGCAAUCGCUUAGGUGAAAUAUACACUAUGGGUCUCCAAGAAUUUACUCCAACUGCAGCUAAAUAUGAUGUGAUAUGGUGUCAGUGGGUGCUGGGCCACCUCACCGAAAGCGAUCUUUUCAACUUUUUUCAACGUAUGCGUAUUGGUCUAACCAGCAAAGGUUAUUUGAUCGUUAAGGAGAACGUUACAUCGUCUAAUAUGGUUGAGGAAGAUAAGCAGGACUCUUCAGUAACACGGCCACUGAAAACUUACGAGACUGCUAUUAAAGGAGCUGGAUUUCGAAUUGUAAAAACUUGGCGACAACAGAGCUUCCCUAAAGGUUUAUAUCCGGUAUACAUGUUAGCAUGUCGGCCUAUUGAAUAAACAUGAUUUUUUAAUAUUUGUAAAUGUAGAAAUCUUAAUUUAACUGAACUCCAAUUUUUGGACUUAAAUAUUGGUUUAAAAAAAAUUAAAAGGAAAUUGUUUAGUUUUUAUACACAAACCUCAUGAAGGUUUUAAAGGAAAUUGUUAGUUAUAAAUCUGUACCAUACUUAGUAAAUAAAAAAAUAAGUAUACAAAAUCUCUA